AUGUCACUCAGAAGGAGUUCCAGAUUGGCCAAGACGGGAGACAAUCAACAGGAAAUGGCAGACUUGGCGCACCAGGUAAUUUCUUUGCAGCCGAAACGGGGUAGCAAGCGCAAAAUCGAAAUGCCCGAUCCCAACCUGAGUACGAAAGGCGCCCCGAAAACAGCAAAGACUAAGCAUGCGGCAAGCAAGACGAAAAAGCCAUGCAUUCAAUCUUCCAAUGCACUCAAGAUUGACAGACUAUCCAAUUUGCCUCCUGAAAUACUUUCUAUGGUGGUGAAUAACAUCAGAGAAAAGUCCACUUUGAGCAGACUCAGCAGAACAUGCAAAAAGUACUACUUGCUGAUCGCGCCCCUCCUCUACAAACGCAUUUCUGUUGCUGCCAUGUUCCACGGCCAUAUUGCAAAGCUUAUCCGUACCCUCGAACCACACCUGAGCAUUCAACAACGAAAGCAAUUGAAGAAGGAGGGUACAUACAAGGGACAGAAGGAUAUCUACCCAAGUGGCCUUAGACCCGAUGAGAUGCCUGUCUGUGCAAACCAUGUCCGCCAGCUCGUCAUUGGAUCCGUCCAAGCUGGUAGGAAUCAUGAUUAUAUCGUCCAUCGAUAUAUUGAAGAAGCGUUGAAGAAUACAGCCAAUGUUGAAAUCUUGGAGUCUUUCUUCGUUACAGAAUCGAUGGCAAAGAGCAUCGCGAAAUUGGAAAAACUACAGGCGCUAUCACUUGACCUUGGCUACCGUGAUUACCAGGCACUCUAUGGCAUCAAGAAUCUAAAGCAUCUGGCGCUACAGGCCUACAUUCAGACUGAUCUUCUUCACUCCCUUCUACUGAACUCAAGGUCAACACUUCGAAGCCUCAAUCUGAACACAAACUCUCUUGACUUCUUUUAUCAUUUCGAUCAAAUUGUAAGCUCAGCAGAACAAGAUACAGAGAAUCAGCAUUACUUUACGGCUCUCAAAUCAUUGACGAUUCAAGUCUCCGACCUUGAUUCAACUUCGAUUCGAUCAUUGAUGAGGGCAACAAACUUUGCCGGACUACAAGAACUCCACAUCGAGCACCUACCUGAAAGCUCAUCUGUAUUCUUUCAACAAUUGGCAGACUUGUUCUCAACAUCUAGCACAUCUGGUUUGGAAGUCCGAUUGAGGGAUCUAAAAAUCGACAUGAGAACCUCAGGUUACAAUGUGACCGAGAGUCAGCAAAAGGCUGUUACAGAAACCAAGACCAGCUUCUUGAAUUCCUUCGAUACUCUGAAGAGUCUAGAGCUUUUCGACUAUGGCCAAUACCCACUCGAGAUAUCCGAAAACCCAGGCCUGCCAAAUAGCCUUGUCCAGGCCAUUCUUCAGCAUAAAGGUCUAGAGAGACUUAGCAUAUCAUACAACGGUAUCAUUGGUGGCUAUCAGUUACCAUACCUGACACCAUCGACGAUUGGGAGUCUUAUUGACAAUUUGCCUCUUCUAAGAGAGAUUGACAUUGCCCCGGAGGAACACGAUCUUGACCAGCUCGGAAGCGUACUAUCCCGCGCCUCUAAUAUCGAGCGCAUUGUGUUUUCUUGCACUAGCAGUUGGGCGUCUCAUAUUCGUACUGAUGAUCCUACAAAGCCUCUGCUACAUUCCGUCCUGAAAGGCUUUCUAUGUCGAAGUCAUUCUGGUGAUGCUGGUCAGCUCAAAUGGGAGGAAAUCUGCAAGCUGAGGUUUGUCACUGUCAACUGUCAAAUCUAUGAGAUUGCAUCCAAGUUUGGGAAGGGCGGCAAAGGAAUAGGUAAACCUGAGAAGUUCACAGUGCCAGGUAACCCUAAGCGGGAGGUCAUGUUUCGGAAUAUUACAGGAACGGGCCCUACUACGUUGCACGUUGGGUUCGAUCCUACAUUCCAAUGGGUAGAGAAGGUAUCGAAAGACCUCGACUAG